GCAAUUUGAAUAGUGGCGGGAUUUCGUUCUUACAGCGCUACCUUGCGUGUAAACUCGUAAACGUCAGUGAACAAAGAGAGGCAGCAGCCACUACCGAAAUUAAGGUUGUGUUCUAUCUCUGUUCGAUGAACGCGUACGUUUUAUGUGCGAACGGGACGGCGCCAUCACUUUGGCCAUCAAUUCAUAACCAUCUUUCUUUCUUGUGCAACUGUUUCUCGUCGGUCGUGUUCUAGGAUCAAGUGCGAACGCAGGAUGGACGCCAUUCGUGCGAGAUAAAUUGUGAUAAAUUGUGGCAUCGCUCGCGUAGCGACAGGCGAAGGCGUGCGGAGUGGCGAGUGGAGACAGUGCGUGCAUCAGUGGCGGGCGUGGAGUAUGCUAUAUGUGUAACUGGUGUCGGGGCGUCCGGGUGGCCUCGGUGCGCGGAGAGUGCGGAGAGCGCGGAGAGCACGGAGAGCGGCUCGGGCGAGGCGGGCCGCGCGGACCAUGGCGGGCGCGAGCUGAUCGGGCGGCCGCGGCGUCCGCUCGCGCUCCGCCGGCCCCAUGCGAGCGCCGGAGGGUUUAUGGGUAUCUGCGUGAGCUGCCGGCGCCGCGACCGCAAGGCACCCGAGAAGCGUUGGGUGCCGGCCACGGGCGGGCCCGCUAAGGGCGCGGCGGCAGAGCUGCUCCCGCGGCGCUGGCCCCUCACAGCCAUGGCCAACUCCAUCUCCAACAUCAAGAUGACCAACCCUAUCAAGGGCAUGGUGAGCAAGCGCCGCAUCCGCUACAUGAAGGACGGUUUCAAUUUGGACUUGGCAUAUAUAACGGAGAGGCUGAUAGCGAUGGGGUUCCCGGGGGACAAGUUCGAGGGCGUGUACCGGAACCACAUCGACGACGUGUACAAGUUCCUGGAGCAGAUGCACAAGGGGCACUACAAGAUAUACAACCUGUGCGCAGAGAGGACAUACGACCACCACAAGUUCCACGACCGGGUAAAGCGGUAUGAGCUGGUGGACCACGCGCCGCCCGGCAUCACCCAGAUCCAGGAGUUCUGCGAAGACGUGCACCUGUGGCUCAACGAGGACCCGCGCAACGUCGCCGUCGUGCACUGCAAAGCCGGCAAGGGGCGGACAGGCACAAUGGUAUGCUGCUACCUGCUGUACUGCGGGCAGAAAGAGACGGCAGACAUGGCGUUGCAGUUUUACGGGCACAAGAGGACACAUGACAAAAAAGGCGUGACGAUUCCCUCGCAGCGGCGCUACGUAGACUACUACGCGGCGAUGGUGCGCGGCGGGCUGUCGUACCGCGCCACGCGCGUGCACGUGCGCGAGCUGCUCAUGUCGCCGCCGCCCGCGCUCACCAGCUCGCAGUGCACGCUCGAGGUCACCGUCACGCAGCCCAAGCCCAACCAGCCGUUCAAGGCGUCGCUGGGCUCGCACGAGCUGCGGCGCGAGGGCGGCGCGGGCGCGGCGUCGGCGCGCGUGUGCGCCGCGGUGUGCACGCCGCUGGCGGGCGACGUGCGCGUGGACGUGUACUGCAAGCCCAAGAUGAUGCGCAAGGAGCGCCUGUUCCACUUCUGGUUCAACACGUUCUUCGUCACGGCCUGCGUCGGCGCCGAGCCGGUGCCCGCGCCGGACGACAGUCCAAACCUCGAGACGUUCAAACUGACGCUUGACAAAUGGCAGUUGGACGACGCGCACAAAGACAAGCAACAUAAAUUGUAUAGUCCAGAUUUUAAGGUGGAACUAAUAAUCCAAAAGCAGCCGGAGUCGUCGACGUUCAGCGGGCACUCCGCGCGGGCCUCCUCGUCGCUCUCGUCGUGCGCCUCCUCGGGCUCCGAGCCGGACACGGAGCCCGACGCCACCUGGGACUCCGGGGCGGGGUGCGAGCGCGUGGGCCGCUAUCGCCCGCUGUCGCCAGAGAACAGCGCACACACGUGAAUCCACGUAUCUGUGACGGUGACACGUGGGAUCUGGCCUCCGACUUCUUUAAAUCCCCGCUUACCUCCCCCUCCGAUAAAUGUGGCGAAGGCUUAAAACCACCAAAAAAAAAAAAAAACUUUUGAAUCCCUGUAAGACUAUCCUCCGAGCCUUUACCGUAGUGACAUGUAACGGACAACGUAGUGAUGUGUGUUUACGACGGUGUGUAGAUAUUAUGGAUUUUUUAAAUAAUUAAUUCUGCGGGUUGUGCCCUUGCCCCGGUGGACUGUAUAUUGAUUAUAUGAAAAACGAUCGGAUUCUAAUAUUUGGAUGUGAUUAACUCGAGUGUUUAUACUAUGUGAAUGAUUCGAACGGGUAUCGCCGUGCCGCGGUUUUUUCGACGUCGUAUUAUUUCGAGUCCCGGUUUUUGAUUCCAAGUUGAGAGGUUACGCUAUGGUUGUUUUUAACGCGCGUAGUACUACCCCUUUACUUUUAUAUAUUAAUUCUUCUUUUAAUAAAAAUGUUGUUUAAUCAUUUUUAAAAGUAUGAUUGUAAAGGCCGUGACAGAUGUACAAUUUUAAUAGCGACAUUUUCUUUUAAUUUGUGACUUGAAAUUAUAGCUGCUUAUUUCCUUUAUUGGCACAUAAAAUACCAUUAGGUACUAAAAAAAAAAAUAUAUUUUUUUGAAAUAGAAACAAGCUUAUGCGAUGGUUGGGAAUAACCCUUUACUGGGCAACGGUAAUCGGAGUCGAAGUCUAUGGUUAUUAUUGCCUUAUUUUCUUUAAAUAUCUUUUAACCAACCCUAAACAUAUUAGGGUUGGUUUAAUUUUUUUAGAGGCAUGCUUAAACUAUGCUCCGGUUUUAUUUUAACAUUCAAAAUAUCAUAUUGAACUUUAUGUCCACUCUUUAAAGUUCAAACUUGUGUGUAAUUAACUAGUAGUGUAAACAUAAAGCGCCGGAUAGCCAUAGCCAAACCAUUAUCAUGUUGGUGUCAAAAUGUCCGGGCCUUUUUAACACUAGUGUGGUAAAUGUUACGUUAACGCACGCACGUGUGUAAUAUGUGUGUCACGUGUCAUUUAAAUUUUGGGGAUGUACAACUACCGAUUUUUUUCAUUAUUUUGUAAAGUUAUUAACCAUUUUAAAAAUCUUUUUGUACAAGGCAGAUAUUCACUUUUUUCUCUUUAAACUGCUAAAAAGCUUGAGUAAAAACUUGGUAUGAUAAUAUAAUAACUGAUGGUGAUUGGUCACCUGUUAAAUGGACUCGAAUAUAGUGCUUUGAUAAAUUUAGAACGCGGCUAGAGCGUUCUACGGUCAGAGACGUAAAGGUGGCUUCAUUCAUCUUUCAUGUCUAAACUUCAUUUAGUGGCAUUGUAAACAACGAAAGUUAUUUAAACAAAUUAUAACUAAAUAUUGUCUACGAUGUCGAUUUGUGGUUUCAGGAAGUGUGAGAAGUAUAUAUAAAUUUAUGUGUGCGUUCAUUUUCAAUUCGGAUCACUUUUUGCGUUGAUUUUGUUUUUUUUACAAGCACUAUUUUGAUUUUCUAUACAAGCAUUAUUGAAACUUAAGUUCAAUCAAGUUUGACUAUUUGUAGAUUCUACCACCAUUUAUGCUGUUAUGCUGAAAAUACCCUUCAAUAAAUUCAACAGUUCAAAAUUUCUUCUGUACUCCUAAUAUCAUUAGCAACCCAUUUUCGACUCACUGUUAAGCACGAGCCUCCUAUAAUAUCUAUAAUAAAGUGAUAGAUUCCAUAAUUUCUUUUGACAAACAAUUUAAAACUAAAUGACCCAGUGUUUUUUGUGCAAUGUUUUCAAUUUGUCUUUAAUUUUUUUCGAUUUUGGAUUUUCGUUUGCUAUAUGAAUAUCCCUUGUAUUAGAGCAAACAAAAAAAAUUAUAUUUUAAUCGGUAUCACCCCCAAAAUGUAAAUAAAACGUGAUAUUUUUUACUAUCUCCACCGGUACUCAAGGUUCGCCUUCGAGUACGGUCACAACUUUUAGUAAUAAUGAUAUAAAAAUGUAAUUUAACAGCAAAUCUUAUGACUGAAUAAGAAGUACAUUGAUUAUUUUUAAAACGCGGUAUUUUUAUUACGACCCUUCUCUUGGUUAGCUGUGUUAAUUUUUCUUGUUUUUUUUUAUAUUGACCCAAAAAGUAACUGCAUUGAAUGCAGUCUGGUUUUUAUUAGGAGACUACGUUUUUAAAAUCUAUUGUCGAUUGUACUCUAUGGUCCUAUGUAUAUGUAUUGCCGAUUGAACGAGAAAUCCUUUCAAUAUUUAAUCGUAGACGAAGUAUAAAUGGACCACUGAUUAGUGUGCCGUUGUCAGUCAAAAGAUAUUAGAUUUUGCUGUGAUUUUUACAUAGCAACACGAACACACUACACUCAACAAUGACACUUGCUAUGCAGACCUCAAGGUCGGUCGCAAGGUCGGUUCGUUGAUGACACUUCCGUGAUAUGCGGGCGACGGGGAGAAGCCUGCGCGGGUCGGAAGUCGUACGCGCGGGGCAGAGGGAAGGACUGCGCGGAUAUGAAGUCGUGCGAGCGAGGUAUCGCUAACCCCCUACCCCGAUAACCCCGAGGUAUCCCCUCCCGGCCCGCGCGGACCAUCGGGAGUGUUACAGACGAAUUUGCCAAGCUAUAAUGGAGAAUAUCUGCAUGCAUAAGUUGUUUUCUUAUUUUAAAUAAUUGCGAGGGAUGCUAUCAAUGCGUCUAUUUACUUCUCUGUCUGCGAACCGAAUAAAAAAAUAUUAUAAAAGAUUUCAAGCUGCUACAGAGUUCAAUUCCAAGAGAGUCUAUUGAACCAUAGACUACAUUUAUUUUUUUUUAGUGUUAGUCGCCGAGUUCUUGGCAAUAUAUUUUUAAAAACAUAGUCUGAUAUUUAUUUUACUGUGCAUGUCUAUUUGGGAAUAGUUAGCCAGUGUCAGUCACGACAGCGCGUUGUGAGAUUCAUGCCUGUAGGCUUUCGGAAACAUUUAAAAUGUGUCAAAAUAAUGAACCUUAGAAGGGAGUCCUCGACCGCGUGUUACAGGGGGUGAGGGGGUUUUGCCAACUGUGGAGAGAGUAGUAAUAUGUGCCGCAUUUAUUCAUUACUAGCUGACGCUGCGCGGUUUUACCCGCGUGGUUCUCGUACCAGUAGGAAUACGGUAAUAAUAUAUAGCCUAUAGCCUUCCUCGAUAAAUGGGCUAUCUAACACUGAAAGAAUUUUUCAAAUCGGACCAGUAGUUCCUGAGAUUAGCGCGUUCAAUCAAACAAACUCUUCAGCUUUAUAAUAUUAGUUUAAAGGCUCCUUCCUCUUAGGGAAUAGUCCUGGAUGAACAAAUCGGAGAUAUUGGAGUGUGGCAUAAUUUUGAAAUCUGGACAUUUUUUUCUCUCUCUCUCAUCAUACCUCGCACCUCGCACAAGGACGAUGACUCGGUUAUAUGGUUUGCUUAUAGACACAUUUGAAUUUAUUACCAGCAAGCUUUCAGUUUAUUUUUAAAGUGAUUUCAACAACAUUAUAAAUAUUUUUAAAGGCGAAUCGCAGAAUAGGCAAUAGAGGGGUGCCGUGUAUGAAAACAGAGGAGAGAGAGAAAGGUCUUUCAUUUAUUUAUAGGCACUUGUGUAGCCUCUCGCUCCCUUCUGUUGUCAGACCCCGUACCUCUGUCUUGCGAGGGCGAGGUCUCGAUUAUAAAGGUGAUGGUCCAUUUUAGGUCCACUCUUGUACUCCGUAUCAUUAAAAUUUAAAAAAUACCAGGAUUUUAUUAAAAUCUAAAUGAGUGAAUAAAUAUAACUAAAUAAAAUUAAAAGCCAAGUUUUUGAGUUAUCAAGAUGGCGCCCUUACAACAACUAUGACAUAACAAUUGACAGCAAACGUUUUGACGUUUUUCAAUGCAGUAGUCGAUUUGUCGACUACUGCAUUGAAAAUGUCAUCAAUCCGCCAUUAUUACACCUAAUAGUGUUGCAUUUCUUGGGAGAGAAUGAAUAUUAUUUCGAAAGAUUUGAAGUAAAUUCUUAAUUUGUAUAAUCAGAAAUAGUUAAAAAAAAUUAUUUUACUUUUAUUUCCGCCAGGGCGCAAUGACUCGACUCCAUAGAAUUUUGAACAAUCUCCUUUUUCUAAGUAAAUGAAAAAAGAAAGGUUUCAUACCUGAAAGCUUCAAAAUUUUUUUUUAAAUGUGGUAUAUAUCUUUAUAGGAGUACCGCGGAACUGAGCCUACCCCGCAAAACAGGGGAUGCGGUUUAUGACGACAGGGGAGAGCUACAGAGGUGCCGCAUUCUUCAUUGACUCGUGCCAGGCGAGAGUCUCCCCCCUGUCGUCAUACCCCGCACCCCUUGCGAGGGCGAGGUCUCAGGUACGCUUUGCCUAAUCUUCACGGCUUGAUGAAUAUACAGGGUGCUCGGUAGUAGUAAUUUUUAUAACUUCAAGUCCACUUAACCGAACUGCAUAGCUAAUUUUUUUUUAACUCAAAAACAAAAACUUUUUAUGUUUUCAUACAAAGUAAUUCAAAUAAUUCCGACUAUACAUGUAACACACGCCUUUAUUUAUCCUUGCAUUUUAAAAUACGUAAUAGUAUGUGUAAGACUGUCGAUAUCGUCGAGAUAUUGCAACUGGCACUCCGCAUUUCACUAGUAAGCUACUUCGUGAUAUUUAUCAAUGACUAAGUAAGUUUGACUAGGUCACAAUAUAAGGAUGCGAUAUAUAAGAUGCAAUUUAAGAUCUAUUUACAAAAGAAAUAUUUUAUACCCCGAAAAUAUUCAAUUUAGAACACAAGUUCCUUAGACAUUUUUAAUUAUUUUUCCUUAAAGAAUAUAACCCUACAGUAAUGGGAAAUACUUCCGAGCACCCUGUAUGUCCGAGAUAAUUCUAACUGGACAAUUUGCAUGGAAGUUUGUACAUUGAAUAAAUUAUUUUACUCAAAACUUUUUUGGACGAUAAUCUGAUUUUUGUUAUGGCAAUAAUAUAUCUCUCUCUCUCUCUUUAGCUGGGCCAGUUUUAAAUUUUAAUUUCUGUAUUGACCCGAACAGAGAAUUGAACCCGGAUCGUCCGCUGAAAGUCCUAAUUUUUUCGAUAGAAUCUUUACACUGUCAACGCAAAAACAUUAUAAGUUUUUGUUUGAACGUUGGCCAUUGUUCUUUCCUUCAAGGUACAUUAAUUAAACAUACAAAUCAAAUUCAAUCAUCAGUUGUUCAUAAGGUCUCGUGUACACGUACAAAAUGUUAGAUGAAUCAUUUACUUUUGUAAAUUGGACCUAACUCGGACCUCAGUAAAUUUUUUUUUUUCAUAAUUUUUUUUUAAAGUUAAUAACAUUUCAAUCUACCUACUACAUCUUUUGGCACCCGUUAAAAAAAUUUAAACUGUUGAUAACCACUGGAACAUUGUUGAAUGUAAAGGGCCUUUGCGUCUAAUGUGGUCAAAAAAAUGUGAUUUUGUUUCAACUUUAUUGACGAGAGCUGUUUGUACAAUGUUUUAUAGUAUUUUACAAAACUUGGUCAGUAUUCAAUAAGGUUGAUCGCACAUUGCAGACAUUAUAUCAGGAGCACACAACAUUUUUAAUUUAUUUGCUAUUUCGUCAAGUGCGUUUUUUAAUAAAUUAUAACGAAUGCGUCUUUUUACUGCAGUGUGCGAUCAACUAUUCAUGUAUAAAUAUACUGACAAGUAUAUUUAAGUUUCAAGAGUACAAAGAUACGACUUCGUUUAUAGAAAUGUCCACUCAUGAAGGCGUGACACUGUGUAUGUGUGAUUUAUUUUAUAAAAAAAUUGGCUCAUAUUCUAUUUUAAAAAAUGUGGUAUAAAUAUUUAUUUGAUCACAGUUCUCAGUUUCAUAAAAGUGAAAGUACAGGUUACUUGUGAAAUGUCUGAAAAGCUAAUUCUGUACCAAAAAUCAUCAAAACUGGUUCGGCUGUUUUGGCAUAAAUAAAUAACAAUUAAACAUGGCUAUUAGCACAUUUGCAUACAUACACAAUAGUACCGAGUGCCUAAAUGAGUAAGCAUUACUAAGUAUAAUAUCAUGUAGCCAAAAUAUCGACAUGUUAGUCAUAUUUCUCGGGAAAUAAAUGUUUUUUCUUUUUAUUAGUUGCGUUGUUGAAAGAUAGUUUUACUAAUUUUCUAUAGUUAAUUUGGUUUAAUGCUAUUUUAGAAUUACUAUGCCGUUAGGUGAGGCAGACUGUACCCACCAAAGGAUCUGAAUGUGUUGAUACGCUAAUGUCGCCUAAAAAUAUGCACUUCAUCCUUCAGAAGGUUUCCACAUUAUCAAAUAACUAGCAUAGGUCCCGUGGUUUUGCCUGCCUUGUUUCACUUGGGAAUACGGAUAAAAUAUAACCUAUAACUCUCACAAAUAAGGUGGCUUUCUACUGAUAAAAUAAUUUUUAAAAUCGGUUCAAUAGAUCCAGAGAUAACCAACCUUACAAACUUUAUCUCUUUAGAAUAUUAUCCAAUUAUUCUCAAUCAGAUAAUCUUCACUAUACAGGGUGCUCGGGAGUCGGGGAUUACCCAUAGGUGGUGACGAGUCUACUUAAAUGGGGCCGAAUUGCAUAACUAAUAUUUAAAAAAAAAAAUACUUUUUAUGUUUUCAUACAAAGUAAUUCAAAUAAUUCCGACUAUCCAUGUAACACACGCCUUUAUCUUUGCAUUUUAAAACACGUAAAAUUUGGCUACGUCAAAAAAAUAACGAUUCGUUUUAGGCACACAUUUUAAGAUCUAUUUACAAAAGAAUAUAUUAUUUAUCCCGCAAAUAUUAAUCUUAGGGACAUAUGGUCCUUGAACAUUUUUAUUUCAUUUUCGGUAAUGAAUAUAACCCCAGAGUUGUGGGAAAAACUCCCGAGCACCCUGUUUAAGUUUUUAGUAUAAGCCCAACCUCCAAAAUAAUAUUUGAUUUGUGUAUCAUUAAAUUUAUGCACACUAAGUAACAUGAACUUAAAUUAGGCUGGGUUUUUAUUUAUUUUGAGAUAUUGGACGAACUAUACUAUCAUGACUUAAAAAAUUAAGCAAUUUAUUUAAAUAUCCGUUUACAAUAUCAGUACAAAAUGUACCAUUAUAUUUUAGUUUUAAAUGCUGCGAAUUAUUGAAUAUUAGAAACUGGAUUGUUUGAGAUAAUCUCUCAAGCAAUAUAAUUUCUAGUAUUCGUUUAGUAUUUUUAGGUGAGUUAGUGUGUCGCCACAAACUAAGUAUCUUUAGAUUUGACUUGUCCCGAAUUGGACUAAAAAAAAUUCGCAUGGAUUGAAAGAAGAUCUCAAAAAUUGCCAUCUUUUAGGCUAUAACUGUCGAUUAGUGUGACCUGUAAAAUAAAAUAUGCCAAUGUAAUUGUUAGUUUUGAGUUUUAAUUAGAUUUUCAGACCUGUUAAAUAGAUUUGGGCAUUACAAAUAAAUUAAAUUGCUUUAUGUAUUAAACCGUACAAUAUUAAAUAUAGCACUUUUUAAAUAAUAUCUUGAAAUUUUACUGUAAAAUACUUCUCAUUAUAUUUUCUGGAAGCAAUCGGGACCAAAGCAAGCUGCUGGAUUUUUUCAAAAAACAAACCUUUUUGGACACGAAAACGUAAUACAUUUAUUAUAAUACUGCUUCACUGUCUUGACUUUAUAGUAAAUUUUGGCAUCACGCAAAUUAAGUUCUUCUGACAGAAG